UGUGUGGACUAGCCAGACCCCCCUCCGCUAGCAGGAACAAGACACCUACGUUGUCUUAUGGUUUGGAGGACUUGUUGGCUGGAUGUAAACAUGGCGUUUUGGUCCAUUUUUGCCUCACCUUGCCGGCUGACGCUUGAAUGUUGAUACAGCCACGCGCAUGCGUCCCUCUCGGAAUAAUUUGUGCAGCCUAAGUUUGCAUCCCUGAGAUCUUGUGGUCAAAAGUCGUCGGCGGGAUCCGAGUUCAGUGAUGUGGACUACUCUGGACCGCGGAUACUGGGGAGUCUCGUGCUUGUCCUUGCUGGCGAGUGUGGUCUGCGGGGCGCAAAGCGCUAACGAGCCUAGCAACAUGUCCUAUGUGAAAGCCACCGUGGACAAGCUGCUGAAGGGCUAUGACAUCCGUCUGCGGCCUGAUUUUGGAGGCGCCCCUGUGGAUGUAGGCAUGAGCAUAGACAUCGCCAGCAUUGACAUGGUGUCUGAAGUCAACAUGGACUACACCAUCACCAUGUACUUCCAGCAGUCCUGGAGAGACAAGCGCCUCUCCUACACAGGCAUUCCUCUCAAUCUCACCCUGGACAACCGGGUGGCAGACUCGCUGUGGGUCCCCGACACCUACUUCAUUAAUGACAAGAAGUCCUUCGUACAUGGGGUGACGGUGAAGAACCGGAUGAUCAGACUGCAUCCUGAUGGAACUGUGCUCUACGGUCUCAGGAUCACCACGACAGCUGCCUGCAUGAUGGACCUGCGCAGAUACCCACUGGAUGAGCAGAACUGCACCUUGGAGAUUGAGAGCUAUGGAUACACCACUGACGACAUUGAAUUCUACUGGCAGGGAGGAAGCAACGCAGGCUCAGUUACUGGGGUGGAGAACAUCGAACUGCCCCAGUUCGACAUCAUAGACUACCAAACGCUCUCCAAGAAAGCUGUGUUUGCCACAGGCUCAUAUCCACGUCUGUCCCUGAGCUUUAAAUUGAAGAGGAACAUUGGCUAUUUCAUCCUGCAAACCUACAUGCCCUCCACCCUGAUCACCAUCCUGUCCUGGGUCUCCUUCUGGAUCAACUAUGAUGCCUCGGCUGCCAGAGUAGCCCUAGGUAUAACUACGGUGCUGACCAUGACCACCAUCAAUACCCACCUUAGGGAGACUCUACCCAAGAUCCCCUACGUCAAGGCCAUUGACAUUUACCUUAUGGGUUGCUUUGUCUUUGUCUUUCUGGCCUUGCUGGAGUACGCCUUUGUCAACUACAUCUUCUUCGGUCGAGGUCCUCACCUGCAGAAGAAGGUGGCAGAAAAGGCUGCCAAGUCCAACAACGAGAAUAAGAGCAGACUGGAGAGCAACAAAGUGCAGGUUGAUGCCCAUGGCAACAUCCUCCUGACCAACCUAACCAGCGAGAUGAGCGGAGCAGACAUGAUGGGCGUUCUCAACGACCCUCGGGCCACCAUGUUCUCUUACGACAGCGCCAGCAUACAGUACCGCAAGCCCAUGGCCAGCCGAGACCUGUACGGACGACCGGCCAUCGACCGGCCAAUGGGCCACAAGAAGGGUCGCUUGCGGAGGAGGGCCUCGCAGCUCAAAGUCAAGAUCCCCGACCUCACAGAUGUCAACGCCAUAGACAAGUGGUCCCGUGUCAUCUUCCCAAUUGCAUUCACCUUCUUCAACUUGGUCUACUGGCUUUACUAUGUCAAUUAGGGUGGCAGCGGCAGCGAGCCUGUGCAGAAGCACCAAUGAUAGUGGUUUGAUAGAAAAUCUACCUAGGUCUUGUACAGCAAUGAAAAUGA